CAUUCCGUAUAUCAAACCAAAGGCAAAAUAUUUUGACAACGCAAAUACCAACCACGCUCUUGCGCGGAAUUCUGCCUGCUUGCUAACAUAAAGAGAGAUUGAGAGGAAGGUUGAAAACAACGAACAUUUAACACUUGAACACGGAUGGACGGAAAAGCAUGUGGAAAAAUGUAUAAUCCACGGUCAAGUGAAAUAUCGUUCAAUAAUUAGACCCGGUAGUAAAAAUAAACUUUUCCUUGCAAUUGUCGCAAAUGGUAGCCAAUUAAUUUAAAUGCUGACAAUCGACAGUAGGGCAGUGGAAGAUAUAGUGUUUGUUGGCCUUUUGGGUUGAUUUUUUUUCUUCUCUUUGUUGUAUCAUCUGUGGUUUUUGUUUGUGCGUUCGAUGGUUUUGGAUUUGGAUUUUUGAGACAGAUUUGCGCGUUUCAUUCGCGUAAUCACGUCUAUCACCAGAAUUUGGUCCCACUUGGGAAUCGAGCGAGCACAAGUUUUUGACUAUGUAUCCCAGUCGCGUCUGGUUUCGCAUCGUGCCAUCAUCAUCAGCUCUAGACGUCAGCAACAGCAUUAGCAACUUCGUCCCCACAGGAAGUGUUCCUUCGUCAUCUAUCGUUACAGCUGUUCGAGGUCGGUCCAAGCAGCAGAUUGUGCAUCAUCUUGGGGUAGAGCAACGACAGUAUGUUUCAGAAAUGUAAAAAUAAAACCAAGAGUUCAGAAGAUGCCCUAGACCUAGUGAGACGUGAUUUUCUCUGUUGUACACCGAUUAAUCAAAUAGAUUGGCACGGCCUGCUGGACGACAUAAGCUGGGAAAAUCAGGAAAAACUUCUUAGCCUAACAGUGAACAACCCUCUAGUCGUUAAGUAUCCGGUGAAGAUACAAUAUCAGGUAGCAUUUUUGAAACAUAUUAUUCAUCACCUGAACAAGAUGGACGUGGAGCAGCACGAUCAAUUGUACGAAAAGUACUGCGGCCUUUUGACUGGACAGUCGGGAACGGAGGACCAACCGGGAUUCAGCUAUAAGCAUUAUGAAAUGCCCGGAAAUGGCGUAAUCACACUGAAGGAAUCUUCGGCAUUCAUAUCCGAGGGAACCACAGGCCUAUGCAGCUGGCAAGCUUCCAAAGCAUUGUGCGAAUUUAUCAUCCACAAUCUGGAAGAGUUUCACGGCAAAAACAUACUGGAAUUGGGCUCGGGAGUCGGGCUAUCAGGAAUUUUCAUGGCUAAACACUGCGAGCCAUCGUUGAUUGUGCUCUCGGAUUGCCACAGUUCAGUUCUGGGGACGUUGAAGGAAAACGUGGAACUUAACUUUCCCAAGGGAGCAAAAAUCGGUUGUGAUAAUCCAUUGGUCAGCACCAUUAUCGAUAACGGAGACUCAUUGGUAGCAGUAAUGGAUUUGGACUGGAGCUACAUCAAUGCUUCCAACAUCAAUCAAUUGAUCGAACCGGACGUUAUUGUUGGCGCCGAUAUCAUCUAUGACCACUCCUUGUUUCAAGGACUCAUCGGAGCAAUCAACUACUUGUUUGCUCUCUCCAAUAAUAAGUGCAAAAUGGUUUUAUCAUGCACCGAACGUAACAAAAAUACCUUGAGCGAUUUUCUGGAAUUGCUUAUAUCAACUAAAUAUAGCGUUAAUGAAGAAACCGUGAAUCCUCCCAAACAUUUUCACUGGGACACAUCAUCGGCUAAGGUGAGGAUAUUCUCCGUCACCCGGGAUUGGAACUAUCAAUGAAAGCAGCAAUAAUAUGAACCAAAAAAAACCCAUCGCAUACACUAACUAGCCUCAGAUAAGUUAACCCGAGUCAGUCGUUGGAGCUAGGUCUUAUGCUUUUCUAUAACGAUGGUAUUAUCAUGAUUGUAACACAUAAAUAAUAUGGUUAUCAAAUUCCUUCCAUUUUCCUAGAUGUUUCUAUCCCGGUUCCAAAAAGUUCGACAAAAUUAUUAAUAUUUAAUAUUACAUAUACCUACACAGAGUUAUUGUAUAAUGUGACACACUAGGUAGCAAUUUUUAUAUAUUUAUGCUUCUAGAGCAUGAGCUAGUGCAAUGCGCUCUGCCCUUAAUUAAAAACCAAAAUUAUCACGAAGCAAAGAAAGCUACUAGCCAAGAUCAUCAGACAUAACCCGACAAGCAUUCGUUUACAAAUGAAAGUAGCGCGUGAAAAAAUUCCCUAAAUAUUCUUUCCUCUCUAAAAUUACGUAGUUCGCUUGAAAUUCCACGAAUAAAAGACAAUAUGUAAAUCUAA